GAAUCGGUCACUCAGUUCCGUUCCUUCGAUCGUCGUCGUCGUUGUCGGUUUUUGCAACUUGUCACUUGUUUGCUGAAAUAAUUCGUGCAACCUAACUUUGGCUCGGUCACGAUUUCCCACUCGGUAACUUGGUUGUCCUCAUCAAAAAUAGUGAGAAAAAAUGAGCCAACGAACUUUGUUAUAGUGUAACAACUGGGGACACCAUGUGAUUGAAUCGAACUAAGUUGAUUCCGGAUGGUUAGAGUGUCAUAAACUAAGUAGUGAACUGGUUCAUAAUCGAAACAGAAGAAAAGAUCAAACAAAUCCUGCAAUGGUGAAUUCAACGGCCACCACUCCCUCGCAAUCGCAUGGCGGUGCUCUGUACUAUGUGGUGGAGGUUCCCCGCGAAGAAUAUCUGAAACAGUGCGCAGCCCAGGCUCAGGCCGCAGCCAAUGCCGGCGGCUAUCCCAAUCCCACCGUACAGGCUCAGUACGCAGCCCACCAUCAACAGUUUCAGAAUGUGCACAAAACAACAAUCCUGGCGAAACUGAACAGCACCGAAUCCGGCUGGGACAACCCUUUCCGACCCGGUGGUGAUCUGUCGCGGGAAGCCGACGAAAUUGUCAAUCUCAUCAAAGGUGGCAAACCCAUAACCCCGACCGGUGAUGCGAGCCUGCUGAACGGCAGCGCACCAAAGGACAGCAGCCAUCCAGCGGAAAACGGUGGCAGCACAGUGGUAGACGGCGGUGUAACGAAGCUCGAAGCAUCGCAACAAAACCAGCAGCCCAAUGGAACGUCCAAAUCGCCCCAAAAGGGCGGCGAACCGACCUCCCUGGCGUCACCGCAGAAGAACGGUUCCUCCAGUCAGCAGCAGCAACCCUCGAGUCAAACUCAGAUCAGCAACCAAGUGAUACCGGGACCCCAAUCAGCAUCUCACGUGAUCAUAGACGAAAAGAAGAAAAAGAAGUGCGCCUGCUGUGUGAUACAGUAAUACAGCUACCCUCUUAGUGUGUUGUAAGGUUUGAGGAUCUUUGACAUCGUGUGUGGAAGGAAGGCAACACUCACAUAUACACGUAUACAACACAGUCACACACACAUACACUUUUACAUACAAACAAUCAACAAUACUGAUUGAGUUAAAAAAAAAAGUAAGAGAGACACACGAUUGAUAAGAAGGGGUUUACAAAAGUGCGAAUGUUGUUAUUUUAUAUUUUGUCCAAAACAAAAAACAAAACAAACAACAAUUUUUUUUCCGUUUUCUAAGCAUAAACAAUAGCGAUAGAAUGGGUUCCAUUUUGAAAUUGGAAACUUGAACUCGUUUUUUGACAAACAUUCUCAUUAGUUGACACGUUUACAGAGAGGGCGCUAGGUAUAGUUAGGGGAUACAGAAAGCAUGGCAGGCAAACGAGAGGACUAUACCCGGAUGAGCGGUAAACGCGAGUAAAUGUAUUUCAUUAUUUUAUACUGCAAAGUGUGUAUAUCUAAAUUAUUUUACUAGGAGGUAACAAAACAAAACAUGUAAAGCUUGCUGAUAUUCGUAUGAACGGUGAAGAAGUAUGAAUCGGACAAAGUUAGACGUGUGCACGUGCGGGUUUUGAUAAGAUGGAAUGAGCGCCGAAAAUCAACAGUAACGGAUUAUGUAACUCUGUGUAACACUGUAGGCAACUUGUGUAACAAUUAAUUGUAAUUUAGAGCAAAUAAUGUUUAGUGACUUCCGGUCAUUUGUUUGGAAAGGUACUACAGAAAAUAAUCGUCUCCCGAUCAUCUUGGGUUGCACUGAGCAGCUAAGAGUGAUGAGAAUGGUUGCGUAAAUCGUGCAGUCAGCGGUAGGGCAGAAUGCGUGAAGCCAUUUGUGGUACUCACACUUAGGGUUAUACUUUUGGACGGCAGAUAUCCUUUUUUUCUUAACCUGAAAAAAAAAAAAUUAAACCGCAACGUGGCCUUUCUCUGUUAGCAGAACUUGAUUCAGUUGCAUUUUUCUUCGGCUGAACUUUUUUUGUUUUAUUUUCCAUUUUUGCGGAUUUUAUAGAACGAGAGGUGCUAUAUUUUGACACGUCAAGGAUUCAAUAUAACGUGUUUGAGCAUGUGUACACGCAUGUGGCUUUUUGUAAUACUGCCUUACUUCAGAUGAAUCAAACGCAUUAAAUACAAAUGCGGGGUAGAAUGAUUUUUAUCAGCAAUUUAUGCAGGAAAAGACUUAUCCGAUUGGAAACCUCGAAACACCUUGUGGAGUAUUCGUGGUAUAACUAGCAAAGACCGUAAGGGAUCGAAUAAAUCUUUUUCGUAUUUGGUGCUGAAGUUUGUUUAAUUUUGUUUUCUAAGCGUAGUUUCUCUAUUGCUAUAAUUUGUAGAUACAGAACAGAAGAAAGGAAAACAUCAAUAUAACUAUGUUGAAAAUGGGUUGAACCGAGCAGAAUUUGGGAUCGAAUUCGUGUUUCUGAAAAGUCGAAAAAGAGCCGUACGCGAGAAGCAUUAAGGUUUUAUAUUCGAUCGUAUAGGAAAGGGGCAGGAAGUGAAAACAAACUAAUAGCGUUGAUUUAUUGUAACGCGUACCGUUUAAUUCCUUGAUUGAAUUACCAUCUAUCGAUUCAAAUCGAACAUGUUGACACAUUUAUUAAAGGCGCCUAUUGGUGCCAAAAUUAACCCAUCAAAUAUGACUGUAAAUGGUGUUGAAUAUGCGCUAUAUGUGCUCUAGUAGUAGAUCAUUCGCACUUACACUCGAGAUGACUAUAAACACAGCAGGCGCCGAAUUUCUGUACGUCAGAUACUCCACUCUAUGUGGGCCAAACUCGUGUACACUUUUCUCCUACAUUUAGUAGGCAUCGCUGAUAAAACAUCCAGAAGAGACCACGUGAUUGUUAGUUGAAACAUUAUCAAACAGAAAAAAACAACUAUUAAUUGUUUAUAUUGUCGAAAUAGUUUAAAUCGAAAUCUUAAACAGCAUGCUUGGAUGUGCUUGUACACCGAAUCAAUACAACAAAAAAGUAAUUCAAUAAACAUACGAAACAUGUUGCAGAAUGUCAAACUCUUAUCCAAAAUAGUCUGCGGUUCUUCACGCGAUCGCACGCUGCCUCGCUCUCCGAAAGUGAAUAUCAGAGAUAGAUGACACUUUCCAACGACGAUUUUUUUUUUCAAAAUAUUGACUCACAAUAUCUAUGUCUUCGUAAUAAUCAUCAUCAUGGAAUUUUUUCAUCGAAAAAUCCGAGACUCACCUUAACGUUCUAAAUUCUAGUCUAUUCAUCGUUAUUGCUUCAACUCUUAAAUAUAAUCAUUUCAAGUAGCCCUUCACCCUAUCCAUUUAAAACGCUAAAAACAUUGCAUUGGGGGCUUAUAUGCUCGUAGGUUUAAUCGAAAAACGUUCGUUGGAGAGUCGAUUCGACUUCUCUUUGCCAUCUACACAAGCGGCAAAAUUACACGCAAUCUCCGAUUUGGUACUAAAACAAAUACUAAUACUUACAAUGAUACAAUAAAAUAACAGUUAAACCAUCUACAAAAACGACAAAAUAGUGUAAACAAAAGCAAAAAUUGGUAUUGCUAGUAGUUAAAAACUCUCUUUUCACGUUUCAUCCGAGAAACACGAGCAGAACUCAAGGUGAUCCGAGAGAAAGACAUUCAUGGCUGAGCCGGAAACGAUUGAUGAACAACUUAAAAAAAAAAAACGAUCGGAUUUCAGAUCACCUUCGGGCGCAAUUUCGAGUCAACCUCUCACUAUUAGCAAAUGAGUACCGAAGCAAGAGAGAGAGAACGAUUAUCGAGAAAAACUCUAUUUAAGAAUGCAAAUGAAAAUUAAGAUCAUAUUUACUACAAAACAAGAAUAAGAAAAAUAAAGAAAAAACAUUAACGUAUAUAUUUUCGUACUGAAAACCAAACUGUAACGUCAGCAAAAAGAACCGCUUGGGAAAAACAAAUAAAACACUGAAGCAUUAAAAAGAAAAAUUGUUGAAAUUCAUUGAACGUAAAGUGGGACGAGAAAUGUUUUUUCUUCAUUUUCUAGUCUAUUACGAAAAGCUAGCGAUAUUUUUACCAGAAAAUGAUGAAAAAAAAACUCUAUCUGAUGAAAAGUGCACUAACCCAAGAGAAUGAAAUUGAGCGUUAAAGACCGAACAACUGAUUGGCGGUUGAUCAUCAGAAGAGUAUGUAAGGAUGCGUGCCCCUCCGACAACAGCUGACUCUGUUAGAACUUCUUAAUGGUAGAAAAGUAUUUUAGGAGUAUCGGGCAGAAUGUUUUGGAGAAUGACCGCGGUGAAAACCGACCAAAAAAAAACAAACACACACAUUGACGAGACGAUAAGUAUAUGGUACCGAAAACGAAUGAAAACUGGAAAACCGCUUGAAAUUAUGGCGGUAAUAACAGAAACUGAAAGAAAUAAAUCAAAGAGAACGCUAUAAGAUAA